AUGAUUGAUAAGAAUAAGAUUAUGCUGUGGAAUUGCCGAGGAGCAUCCAAUAAAGCUUUUUUUAGAUACUGCAAACAGUAUGUAGAUAAUAAUAGACCAUCGAUGGUGGUGGUGAUGGAAACGAGGUGUAAUCCUACAAAUCUUAUAAAUGCUUUAAGCAAGAUGGGUUUUGAUAAGCAGUUAACGGAGGAGAAUAAUGGCUAUGCUGGCGGUAUUAUUCUGGCUUGGGAUAGUAGAUAUAUGGAAGUUGAGCUUUUGAGCAAAAACUCUCAAUAUAUCCAUACUAGUGUUAAGUACCCCAAAGGUAGAUCUUGGCUUUUCUCAGCGGUGUAUGCUAGUCCAAAUGAAGAGCUCAAGAAAAUUUUAUGGGAAAAUUUGAGAGAUAUUACUGAUAGUAGUGACCAGCCUUGGCUUGUUGCGGGUGAUCUCAAUGAUAUAGCUGGUAUUGAUGAUAAAAAGGGUGGGGCUCCGGUUUUAGUUAGGAGAAUUAAUCUUUUUAAAGAUCGUAUUGCUGUUUGUAAUCUUAUGGACAUGGGUUCUCAUGGCCAAAGUAUACAUGGAGAGGGCCAAUUUAUCAUGGGGACAACGAAAAUAUGA